AUGGACGCCUACGGGGAGGAGUUUACAACCGGUACCACCAGUACUAAUGAUAGCCAUACCAGUACUACCACCACCACUGCUUCUGCAGGUCUAGGGAGAAGGCAGCGGUUUAUGAAUUUGGUCAAAACUACUAAAAAUGUGUACCUCCCAUCACUGACAUCUACAAUAUCUCAGAAGACCGAGAGUUUCAGAAGUCAUGAAGAGUAUCAACCGUUUUACAACUUGUCCUUGGAUUCUGACAUCGUGUUUUACCCAACUUAUACCACGCAGACCGACAAGGGUUACGAGACUUCAGUUAGAUUUGUCCUCUGUGCUCCUGGUAAUCCACAUAGUAGAAGAAAUAGAAUCCUGUUAUCAUUAUGCAGGCAAUAUUUAUUACCUCGAAAUGUUAGUGACAUGGAUCAAGAAAUCCUGGAUGCCAAAUUGAACGACGCCUUUGCAGCAAGUGACACUAGAUCUCUGGUUAGCAAUGGUUCUAGUGAUAAUGCGAGUACUAUGACUGGUGGUUCUAGCAUAAGUACCGGUACUAACGAUGCUGAGAGUAUACACAAUAGCAUGGUACAAAAUGAAUACGAGACUUUGAAAGAACGUAUCGCAGGCUUUCUAGAACGCAAAAUUGUCAACAUUCCAAUUAUUGUGGAUGCCUUUACGGAUGAAGGCCAAGGAUCUUAUGAGACGACGUUUGUUAAUACAGAUAAUAUGGGUUAUGUGGAAACGAGAUUAAGAACUAGUUUCAAACCAAAAAACAUUAGAGUAACAGUGGAUACCCCACACGAUUUCCCCAAAGUCAUUACGCAUGAAUUUCCAACUAAUUUCAUUAAACCUCAGGGAUUUGGUUUAAUAAGUGAUAUUGAUGAUACCAUAAAGCAUACAGGUGUUACUGGAGAUAAGAGGUCGAUGUUCCGUAACGUAUUUGUUCAGGAUUUUUCCAGUUGGGAUAUUGAAGGUGUUUCUAGAUGGUAUAGAACACUCAGCGACAGCAGAGAUGUGGAUUUCUUCUAUGUGUCAAAUUCACCGAUGCAAUUUUACAAUACUUUACAAGACUAUAUUAGGGCCAAUUUUCCUUGGGGCCCAAUGUUCCUCAAGCAAUAUUCUGGUAAUUUACUUUCGAGCUUUUGGAGUUCAAGUGCCGACAGAAAACUGGGGUCUAUAAACCAAAUAUUGAAAGACUUCCCUGAAAAGAAGUUCUUUCUCGUAGGAGAUUCUGGUGAACAGGAUUUUGAAGCGUACAUCUCUGCAUUUUUGAAAUAUCCAGAUCAAAUUGCUGGUAUCUAUAUCCGCUGUUGUAAGAAUUCGUUAAGUGAUAUGGGCCUUAGAGAAACUGAAGUUAUGCAAUCACUUAAUGAUAUGAUUCAAAAGGAAUACAUGGGAGGGAUUAAAAAAAGGUCACCGCCAGCUAUACCAAGGAAGAAGCCACAGUUGACAUCUGAACAAGAGGAAAUGGUAUUAAAAUCACGUCCAUCGGCUCUUAAUAUUAAGCAACGUCCAGUUCCACCAAAUUUACCACCUAGAAAUGCACAACCACCUUGGAUCGACGAAGAACUGACAGAUACACAAAAUGGGUAUCAUCUCUACGAUAAUUUUUUCGAUAAAAGAGCAGAUCAAUGGAGGCACAGGGUUUAUGCUGGAUUACAGCAGUUGAAGAGGGUUCGUGGUGAAGGUCAAGUACGAUUAAUGUUUUUCACGGAUACGGAAUUAUCACUGGAAAGCAGCAUGCAAGCUAUAGGUUCAAUAACUAAAUAA